AUGGCUAGAAAGAGAAACUUCAAGAAAGGUAACAAUAAAACAUUUGGUGCCAGGGAUGACUCCAAUGCUCAAAAAAACUGGACUGAACUCCAGAAGGAAAAUGAAAAGUGGGAAAAGUACUACAAAGACCUCGGUGUCAUUCCAGAGAACGAAUGGGACGAAUUCAAGAAUACUUGUCAAGCUCAACUUCCUUUAACGUUCAGAAUAACCGGCUCAAGAAAGCAUGCUCAUGAGGUUUUGUCUCUCUUUGAGGAGCAACAUUUGCCCAACUUGACCAACUGUGAGUUCGAAGGCGAGCCCAUUGCGGCACCCAAGAGACUACCGUGGUAUCCAGAAAACUUGGCUUGGCAAUUGGACGUCUCUAAACAAGUUAUUAGAAAAAAUGAACAGUUCUCGAAAGUUCAAAGGUUUUUGGUGGUAGAAAACGCCGUGGGUAACAUUUCAAGACAAGAAGCUGUCUCCAUGAUUCCACCUAUCGUUUUGGAUGUUAAACCAGAGCACACUGUUUUAGACAUGUGCGCCGCCCCAGGCUCUAAAACUGCUCAAAUGAUCGAAGCUCUACAUGCGAAUGAAGACGAACCUACAGGGUUUGUUGUUGCUAAUGAUGCAGACCAUAGGAGAUCGCAUAUGUUGGUGCACCAGCUCAAAAGAUUGAACAGCGCAAAUCUCAUGGUGGUGAACCAUGACGCUCAAUUUUUUCCCCGUAUUAAGACCGACAAGGAAUCUAAUCACUUCUUGAAAUUUGACAGAGUUUUAUGUGACGUUCCUUGUUCUGGUGAUGGUACCAUGCGUAAAAACGUUAACGUUUGGAGAGACUGGGGCACCGCCUCUGGUUUGGGUCUUCACACCGUUCAGUUGAAUAUUUUGAAAAGAGGCCUCAACCUUUUGAAAAAGGGUGGCAGGUUGGUGUACUCUACUUGUUCUAUGAACCCAAUCGAAAACGAAUCUGUGGUUGCUGCAGCUUUGAGAUAUUGGGGUGAUAAAAUCAAGUUGAUUGACUGUAGCGACAGAUUACCAGGUCUUGUGAGGAGCCAAGGUAUAAGCUCUUGGCCUGUAAUUGACAAGACUUACGUGAAAAGAGAAAAAGGUGACGAAGGAACUAUUGAAACAUGGUUCCCUCCUUCUGCUGAGGAAGCUCAAAACUUUCACCUCGAUCGCUGCAUCAGAGUUUACCCUCAUCAACAGAACACCGGCGGCUUUUUUAUCACAGUGUUCGAAAAAAUUGACACAGAGGCUAGCGAAAAUGCAAAGCGCGCGGCCACUGAGGAACCAAAGGAAGAACUUUCUGCAGAGAAGAAGCAGAAGACUGAGACUGAUGCGGCGCCCGUAGCUACCGCUACCAAGAAGGAAAAGCUUCCCAGAGACGCUAAUGAAGAGCCAUUCGUAUUUUUGGAUCCUAAGCAUGCUGAGCUGGAAAAAUGUUGGUCAUUUUAUGGUAUUGACGAAAAAUUCGAAAAGAGUUCCUGCUUGGUGAGAAAUGCUGCAGGUGAACCAACUCGUGUCAUCUACUAUGUGAGUUCCUCUUUGAAAAAUAUUAUUGAAGGCAAUGACGAUAGACUGAAGCUGGUGUACUCUGGUGUUAAGCUUUUCGUGUCCCAAAGAUCUGACAUUGAGUGCUCGUGGAGAAUUCAGAAUGAAGCUCUACAGAUUAUGAAACAUCACAUGAACAGCAGCAGGGUUGUCGAAGCAAACACGGAAUGCUUGAAGAUGCUGUUAAUCGAGUCAUUCCCAAGGUUUGAAGACAUGGAGAAAAGUCACAUCGAUGACGACUUUCUGGUAAAAAUGAAGUCUUUGUCUGCUGGGUGUGCUUUCAUCAGUGUCAAAAGAGGAGAAGACAAAGAAGAUAUGUUUUUACCUCUAUGGAACGGAAGCAAAUGUGUCAAUUUGAUGGUUUGCAAAGAAAGUACCCAAGAACUAUUACACCGUCUUUUUGGCGACGAAGCCGCGCUUCAACAGGCUGCCAAGGCUAAGAGUGAGAAAGCGAAGCAAUCUUCUGAGGCAACUGAGACAAAGGUUGAAGAAACGGAACCAAAAACUGAAGAAAACUCAGAUCAGAAAACCGAUGAAGCUGCUUAA